AUCAUCAUUAAAGAAAAAUUAAGAGUCAAACAUCUAUACUUUUUGUGCUAUGUUGAUUUUUUUAAUAUAUAUUUAACAAAAAGAAAUUUGUGUUCUUCUCUUUUUAAUUCUUAUCUAUCGCAUGCAUAUAAGUAUACUCAUGAGCAAUAUCUUAACCAUAUAUUAAAAAUGUCAUCAUAUGUACAUUUUUUUUAAAAAUGAUUACCAAUAUAAUAUACAUAUAUAAUCUGAUGAUGUAAUCAUAUCAUAUCUCUUAAUUUUAUUUUAACAAAAGAUAUAUUACUGCAUUAUUCAAAUCUCUUCACCCAAAGUUAAAAAAGGGAAAAAAAACUCAGGUAAAAAAAAAAGUAUUAGAAGAUUUGGCCACACACUCUCUAGCAAGCACUAUUAUUCUACCACAAUAUAUAUUAAUAUAUAUAGCAAUACCCCACCUCUUACUAAUGUCCCAUUCUCAAUCAUAUCUCUUUCUCUAGCACUAUACCUCACUCCGUUCUAUCUCUUUCACUCUUAAAUUAAACACAUUCCAGAGCCAGAAAUUACUCAGAGGAGUAGUACUAGCUUUUAGCUACUUUCAUACAAGAGAAGCAAUACAUUCAAGAUCAAUAUAUUUAUAUAUAUAUAAAUAUAUAUAGAUGGAUGAGAAAUGGAAGCCAUCUAAAAAGGAAGGGAGUUCUUCAAUUGGGUUCGGUAGAAGUAGCUCCACAAGAAGCACUUCUUCAAAGUCCCCUCUUCUUCGAAGUUUCUCACAAAAGAGCUCACUUUCUCGGAGUUAUUCUCAGAAGCCAAACAGUCAUAGUAGCCAUAAUAAUAGUAGUAGUUCUUCUUCUUCAUCAUCUUCAUCUUCUUCUUCAAUAGGGCGCAAGUGCAGUAGCCUUGCAAAGGAGCAAAAGGCCAGAUUUUACAUCAUGAGACGAUGUGUUGCCAUGCUCGUUUGCUGGCACAAACAUGGGAAUGAUUCUUGAUCAUCACCAUCACCAUCACCAUCAAUCUAUUAUUCUCAGUCAUGGGUUGAUCUCUGAUUUGUUUUUGGUUUUGCUUUUUUUCUUUCUUUCUUCUUUUUGUAUUUUUGAGAUAUGAUCAGUAUGAGAAAAUAUUAAUUAGUUGUAAUUUGUAAGUAGGGAUUUUUCAAAUGAGCAACGAGAGAGUUUUAUUUAAACUUUGUUA